GGGAGUGGUGGACAAAUUUUUUGCUUCGCCUCCUGUGGUCGAUGGAAAAUUUCGCUUUUUCCUGCCUUGAUUGGCUUUAGAUGCUCACGAUAUUUAGAGAAUGUUUGUAAAACUCUGCAUAUGAUCAAUGCCAAGUCAUUUUACCUCUGUAUUCCCGUCUACUUGAAGAGAAAUUGCAGAAAACUAUCUUCGAUCCGGAGGGAAACCUUUCCACAAUAUGGCGGAUAUUCCAACUGAGAGUGAUGAGCCUACUUCUAGAACUCCAACUGUUUUGGAAGUUAACAUUCCCUCAGAUGAUGACCAAGAUGUUCAUUUUUGUGGAAGAUGUAAAUUGUCUUUUAAUGAUCUGUCAGAGUACAUCAAGCACAAAGCAAACAAAGUUUGUCGUGACAUUGUCAACAAGAGCUCACUGACAGAAGUUGUCGACAAACUUCCCAUUGAUGCUGGCAGCCAGUCUCACUCUGGGGAGUUCAAGACAAGUAGCGCUGAAGAUGAAGCAUCAACAGAUGCUACUCAGAAGGCUCAAGAGUGUUCUGAGGGCAUUGAGGAUGAUUCUGCAGCAAAAAAGGUUGAGGUUCAGUUUCUAGACCCAGUCGCAAUUAGUGAUGGUGCAUCAUCAUCAUCUGCGGGAGAAAAACCCGAAGGUCACAAAACUUUGGAUCAGGACAAAACUGAAAAACCGAUAAAGAGGCACAAGAGGAAGAAUUCUCACCCCAAAACCACCAGGAAACGGAAAUGCUGCUCCACCUCUUCGUCUACCUCCACUCAAGAGAAAGCCAAGGAACCUCGUAACAAGAAACCCUCGACUUCGGAUGAACCUGUGACUGUCCAUAUCCCAGAAUCACAACUAGUUCAUCUGAAACCUUGUUCCACAUCUCCGUCUCCAACCAGCCCCCUGGGUACAGGGGUGCGUAAACAGGGUGCGACCAGCGUGUUUGUGCCAAUAUACCUCAACCCUCCCUCCAAGGUGUACAAAUGUCAGCGCUGCCCGGCGGUUUUCAAUGCUUUGAAGGAGAAGGAAGAGCACUGUAAGAUGCAUAAGAAGGAAUUCAAAUGUUCGCUUUGUAAUAAGAGUUUCUUCACUGCCAACGGCUUCGAGCAGCAUCGACUAAACGAGAGUCAUGCGCAUCCUUGCGAUGAAUGCGGGAAGGUCUUCACCAGCACCAUACAUCUCAAGAAACACAAGACGACCCACUCUACUGAGCGGCCGUUCGCUUGUGACGAAUGUGCAAAGGCGUUCUGUUCUUCGGCGAACCUUCGUUCGCACAAAAGAACGGUGCAUGCGACGGAAAAGAAACACAAGUGCCCUGAAUGUGGAAAAGCGUUUGCCCGUAAAGAUAAAAUGAAGAGGCAUUCGUUAAUUCACUACCCAGAUACUAGACCAACUUUUACGUGCCCGUUUCGCAGCCAUACUGGUUGCAUGAAGACCUUUUACCGUGAAGAUAAGCUCAAGCGGCAUUUGUUCACGCACUCCAAAGAUAAACCUUUUAAGUGUGAACAGUGCAACAAAGGUUAUGCGCGCCGGGAUAACUUAAACGACCAUAUGCGGAUCCACACAGGCAAUUAUAGUCACACUUGCCAUCUGUGCGACAAAGGUUUCCUUGGGCCACACAAGCUGAAGAAACACUUGAACUCUGCACACCGGGACGUUUAUUCUGCGGAAGGUGUAGGCAAUGCUCUAGAUUAUCAAUCUCCCACAAUGGUUCCCUUAAAUUCUGGUGUUGCUCCUACCUCGAGACGCAGUGAUCACGCAGUGCCCGUGUCGCGUGGUGACGUUGCGCAGUCUUCAUCUCACGAGGAAGUUCCGCCCUCUUCACCGGAGAAUCACUCGAUUGAUGCCGACGACGACGUUUUCGACGAAUCGGGAUCCGAGACCGGAGAAGAGGCAACUUCGGAAGACGAACGAACAGCAAACGACGACGAGUCGUCCAAAAGAUCGGAGUGGGGUCCAAACCCAAGACAUGCACCACUCCGAGCCCCUCCACCAACUUUGGGUCCCUUGCCAUUAACAUCAUCUUCUCAUGGUCCCUUUCCGCGCGUACGCCCUGUCCCGAGAGUCAGUGCGGCCCCGCAGCAGUUCAUCCCCCCUCCCAUACCACCUGGUCUCCAAGCCACAGCCGAGCUAAUGGCUUUCACACAGGAACUUUUUAAUGCAGUGGGAAGAUUUCAGUCUUGAACCUAAAAGGUUACAACUUAGAAAUAAUGAGAAUGUAUGCUCACCAAAGCGAGGUGUACAUCUAUUUAGAAAUGUUACUUCAUUUCUUAAGCAUUCAGUAGUCUUGAGUUUUUAUCUACAACAUCUUUAACGCGAAGAUGUUCAAGUUGCAGGUGACGAACUGACUUUUUUUAGACCUUCAUUUAUGAUAAAUUCACGCACAAAAUCAACCUGUAUAUGUGCAAUCUCCCAGGGGGUGCGCUUCUCCAUUAGCUUCUCACAGUCAUUUGGAGACAUGCCCUUUUUUUUUUUUUUUUAAGAUUCUGACUCAUCGCUAUCUUGAAGGGGUGUGGGGAGAGGCGAUACAUAGACGGUAUGAACUUCCCCCCUCCUUACGUCCCAAAGCAGUGCGAAGCAGGGGGAGGUGUAAAUCUAGUCAUUUGUUUAUACUCAGUCAUUAUUCUGGUAGCUUUCAAGGCAACCCCUUGUGUUGGAUACAAAUAAUUAUACUAAUCUUACUGGUUGUUCUCCGAGGCAGUGGUUUGCCUUGUUGCUCAGCGACGAGAUGUAAAAUUUUAACGUUGUGCCGACAUAAAGACGUGCUUAUGAGAAUCAGAUUCCGUAGACGCUUCUCAAUGGCUAAUGAAAUUCCUACGUUCAAAAUUCCCUUUCUUUUGGAAGUUUACAGUUUGUGGACACUUUGCUCAAUGAGUGAUACGAAAAAUACGAUAACGUUGCUAUGAAAAAAAAAAAAGAAGAAAGAAUUAUACAGCAGCGAUCUCUGAAGUCAUUAGUGGUUACAUAAUUCAGAAAUGAUUAAUUUGCUUAAAUUUUUAAGCAACGUCAACUUGAUCCUCCAGACAUCUAUUGUGUGAAGCACAGAAGCCAAUGGAGGGUUGGAAGAGAAGAAGCGUAAUGCUGCAUUUAUUUCCUUACUCCUGUGCGCUUUUUUUUUUUUAGAGUUUUAUAUAUAGAUAUAUAUAGAUAUAUUCAGAGAAGUUUAAUUUGUGAAUAAUCUUAAUUCUCCCAAUCAUUCCUAGUUAUUUAUCAAUGUUUGACUUGCAGAUGAAAUUGGGUUCUGAUAUUAUGGCAGUUAAUUUGUCUAAAAGAGACAACUCCCCGUCCCCGUUGGGAGUUAUAAAAUUUUCAUCUUCA